UCUCCGUUCCCCCUUUUGCCCCUCUUUUUCCCAUCCCUAGCUUUGUUUCCCCCACAUCUAACAUUUCUAAUUGACGAUACACGAUACACGACUCUCUCCAAAAAGAAAAUAGGGCCUUAGUAAAUCAUGACUACUGAAACUAUAUCAUGCGUUUAUUCUUUGUAAUACAGGUCAUACAGCGUUUUUGUGGCGUUUGAUUGUACUUGCAUGUCUGUUGGAGCUCGUCAUGAUUGGACCAAGUAGAAUCUGGAAAGGCCUCGAGGUAUAGCUACCUAUGUAGCUAGUGGCAUGAUGCUACUUGGAUGUUGUUUAGAUUGUUUAGGUUGUUUAGGGUCAAUCUUCUCCCCACCAACAACCGUUUUACCUACCCAGUAUCCCGGUCAUUAACUGCCGGAAACCGAGACUCCUCAAUACUACAAAGCGGUACUUGCUGAUGACUGAGAAUUACAUAAAAAAUCGGUGACGAGUUCUUGAGAUCUCGAGCACCUUUGUUUAGAGUAUAAGGGUAUAAUGAUUUCGAAUUCAAAUAUUCGUCAAUUUCUCUUCUCAUAGAUACCCUCCAGUUCAGACUUUUAACCAACUAAGACACUUCCACUCUGUACCUCAAGUUUUCAUCUGAUAAAUCACCAUGGGUUCUGCGCCACCACAGCUACCUUCUAUCGAGGGCUUGACCCUCGAGAACAUCACAGAGACCACAAAACUGAUCAACUCACAAUGUCCAAAUCCUCGCCUUAGGUAUAUCAUGGAGCGAUUGGUGCAACACGUGCACGACUUCGCUCGUGAGACGCGACUGAGCUCAGAAGAGUGGAUGAUAGGCCUCAAUUUCCUCGUGCAGACCGGACAAAUCAGCAGCGAUGUGCGCCACGAAUUCAUUUUACUCUCCGAUACGCUAGGUCUUUCCAUGCUGGUAGACGGCAUAAACCACCCGAAGCCACCAAAUUCUACCGAGGGGUCACUCCUCGGGCCCUUCCACACCCACGACGCGCCCACGCUGGAUAUUGGCGCCAAUAUGUCGAAUGAUCCUCAGGGAGAACCCCUGCUUUGCAUAUGCACAGUCAAAGACACCAAGGGAAAUCCGGUUCCUGGCGUCAAGAUCGAUAUCUGGGAGACGGAUAGCUCCGGCCACUAUGAUGUGCAGCAUGCCGAUCGCGAUGGGCCGAGUGAGCGGUGUGUUAUGAUUAGCGACGAAAAGGGCCGCUUCUGGUUCAAGGGUAUUCGACCCGUUAGCUACCCGAUUCCCCACGACGGCCCCGUGGGUAAGUUACUGGAGAAGAUGGGAAGGCAUUGCUGGAGACCCGCACAUCUGCACUUUAUUUUCCAAAAGGAUGGGUGGGAUAACUUAGUUACGGCACUCUACGUACGUGGUGAUAAGUAUGAGAAGUCGGACGCUGUAUUUGGUGCUAAAGAGGCGCUUACUAUCGACUUCACCACCGCCGACGCGGCGAUCGCGAAGGAAUAUGACUAUCCAGAAGGAGGCUUGUUAUUGGUACAAGAUUUCAUUUUGACGACACAAGCUCAGACGGAUAAGCUGAGGGAUGACCUUGCGGUGAAGGCUAUUAAGCAGCUAGGAUUAAACUUGAAGCUGGUUGACCAUCUUCCCGUCCCCGAUGUGGACUAGGUGAAACUGAGGAAAAUGAAAAUUCGGCGUUAGGUUAGGUCAGUGUGUACGCGUAUGUAUGUUUUAAGUAGUAACAUGACGAUCUUGAUUUUUGCUUCGA